CGCAUCAGUGAACCGUCAGCCGUAACGCGUCGCGCAUUCGACUCUAGCUCAAGUCCAGCAACUAGUUGUCCAGUGCCAUAUCGUGUGUUUCUUGUGGCGCUCAUAAUAAGGAAGGAAACGCAGCCCAACCAGCCUGUGACCCCCCAACCCCCCGAGGACUCCGCAACGCUCCAGCCAUGUACAGACUAAGUAAUUGCACAUUGCUGCUAAUCGCAGUAUCCUGUUACCUGGUCUACGCCAGCCAAGCGAAGGCUCUGCAGGGCACAAACAAACUGGAUUUGCCAAAUCGCAUCAGCGGCAUCAGCGUUGGCUCUGCCGGCGCCGCAGCCGCGGCGGAAGCACGCCACAAGCGCGCAAUGGGCGAAUACAAAGAGCUAAACGACAUCAUUGACGACCUGGAUGAGAACGGCCUGGUGCAGAAGGGCGGCGCCGCGGCGACAGCCUCGCAGGCUCAGGCGCAGGAAUUCGACCUGGAUAGCAUGCCGCCGUUGGCGUACUACAUGCUGCUGGAAAGACUUCGCCAGUGGCAGAGAAAUAACGAGCAAGCAUAUACCAGGCGCACGCCACGCCUGGGACGCAGCAUUGACUUUCAGCAGCUGCUGGACAGCCGUGGGGGCAACGAGGAGGCGGCUGGCGGGCAGUUUGUGUCGCGCAUGAUGAAGAAAUCGGUGCCGUUCAAGCCGCGCCUGGGCAAACGUGCUCAAGUAUGCGGCAGCGGCGGGGAUUAGGCCAUGGCAGUAUCAUCAGUGCGACCUGGACGAACGGCAAGGACGAAGCCCCGGACAAGGUUGAGGCCAGCCAUUGGCGCUUAGCCAGCUCAAAUUAAACUACUCACACAACGUCCCCAAAAACGCUAAAGCAAAUAAUCUACUUACUCCUACGACACUCACUUUAUCCACACAUAUGUAUAUGUAAAUGUAUAUGUAUAGCUAGGCCCCGAGAUAUUGAGAGAAAUUCGUAUUCGCCACAAACUAUGUGUUUAAAUAAAGUGCAGACCAUUGAAAACCUGA